AUGGCGGUGGCUCUGGAAGAAGUUUGGGGGCGGGUGAAAAAUGUCUGCAAGCAGAACGGACUGCUCAUCCUGUCUGUGCUGGCCGUGGUCAUCGGCUGCCUGUUGGGCUUCUUCCUCAGAGGCAAGCAGCUCUCCGAGCAGGAGGUGAAGUACUUCCAGUUUCCAGGAGAGCUGCUAAUGAGGAUGCUGAAAAUGUUAAUUUUGCCCCUCGUCGUGUCGAGUUUGAUGUCCGGUCUGGCUGCUCUGGAUGCCAAGUGCUCCAGCCGCUUGGGAAUAAUGACCAUUUCAUACUACCUGUGGACCACCUUUGUUGCUGUGGUAGUUGGCAUUGUCAUGGUUUACAUCAUCCAUCCGGGUGGAGCUGCACAGAAGGAGGAUUCUGAGGACAGCAAGAAGCCAAUGACCAGCUCUGCUGAUGCUCUGCUGGACCUCAUUCGCAACAUGUUUCCAGCCAACUUGGUCCAAGCUACGUUUCAACAGUAUCGAACCCAGAGAGUCGCAGAACUCAUCCCCAAACCGACAGUGGCUCAGCUCCUGGAUGAGACAACCACACGUAGGGUCUACAUUUAUGGCAUCCAGGAUGACAAUGGCACCGACACUCAGAACUUCUCCCUGGAUCUAACACCACCUCCUGACGUCAUCAUGAAAACAUCUCCCGGCACCAGUGAAGGCAUGAAUGUACUGGGGAUCGUUAUAUUCUCUGCAACCAUGGGAAUAAUGCUGGGAAGAAUGGGACCCAACGGAAGUGCUUUGGUCAACUUUUGUCAGAGUUUGAAUGAGGCAGUUUUGAAGAUUGUUGCCAUUGUCAUUUGGUAUUUCCCCUUUGGUAUUGUGUUUCUGGUGGCUGGAAAGAUCUUAGAGAUGGACGACCCUUCAGCCAUGGGGAAGAAGUUGGGCUUUUAUGCCAUCACUGUGGUAAUGGGCUUGGUGCUGCACGGACUGUUCAUCCUCCCGGCCAUGUACUUCUUCAUCACCAAGAAAAGCCCCAUAGUUUACAUAAGAGGCAUCCUACAAGCCCUUCUCAUCUCCUUGGCCACUUCUUCCAGCUCUGCCACUCUGCCUAUCACCUUUAAGUGCCUACUUGAGAACAACCAUAUCGACAGACGCAUCAUCCGCUUCGUGCUGCCAGUCGGGGCCACCAUCAACAUGGAUGGUACGGCGCUCUAUGAGGCCGUGGCAGCCAUCUUCAUCGCCCAAGUGAACAAUUAUGAACUGGACUUUGGGCAAAUCAUCACCAUCAGCAUCACUGCCACGGCCGCCAGCAUCGGUGCAGCUGGAAUCCCACAGGCUGGACUUGUUACCAUGGUGAUCGUGCUGACCUCUGUGGGUUUGCCCACUGAUGACAUCACUCUCAUCAUUGCUGUCGACUGGGCUUUGGAUCGAUUCAGGACCAUGGUCAAUGUGAUGGGCGACGCUCUGGCCACAGGAAUCAUGGCUCAUAUCUGCAGAAAGGAUUUUGUCAAAGAGGGAGAGCAGGUGCCUCUUAUAUGUGAGACCAAACCCAUGAUAAGCAUCCAGCAGAUGAUGAACUACCAGAACCAGAAGAACGGCUGCUACCAGCCGCCUCCACCGGGCAGCAAGCAGGACCACCUUUCCCCUGACGUGGCUCGCCUGAUCCAGCUGGAGGAGGGGAUUCGACCUGUAGAGAAGAAGAAGCACGCUCACGCCUCUCACCACAAGAGAGAACACAGGGACAAGGACCACUGUUCCAUUGACAUGAACGGGCUGGAGACUAAUGUGUAAAAAAUGAUCGCUCUGUCAGAGUCUACCGGUAUAUCCAUGACUGCAGGACCAGCAGGAGAGGACAAAGCAUUAAAGAGCUGAGGUGACCGAGUUCACAUGCUUAUCCCCUCGAGUGAGCGCAGCCAUGAGUAGAUGUAUGCAUGGGGGAAAAAAAGACUUUUUUUUCCUACACAACCCAAAUGAUGACCCACGUUUGAUUGUUUGUUUGUGUGUGUACAUAUUUGUCAGAUAUAUACAUAUAUUGGGUAGCAGCAGUGGCCGUGUGCUACUCUGAAGGACCUUUUAAAUCAAGAACAGAUCCUGUGUGAGGACUGACUGUGAUCAGCAGUCUUAAAGGACUGCAUAUGGAGAACACAACCAACUUAUAUCCAGUGUAAU